UACCCCCCUUCUUCGCUGCUGGAACAGGAAGAAACCUAAACCCGAGGGGGUGAAGCGGGCGCACGGCAGACGACGAGGGUUGGAGUCAAUGACCCUCCUGCGGAUCUCUCCGUGCCUCAAUCUCUCUUGGCGUCCGGUGUUUAUCAAGGUCGACGUUCAGACGCCAUCUGUCCUUCGCUGUAUGAGACCCCUCCACCUCCCUUCCACCACACAUCAUCCUCCUCGCCUCCUCGCAUAGCCCAUACUCCUUGUGGCCCCACUGUAGGCUCAUCAGCAUCGACAAGGACCAUCCGUCCUCUUCAACGCCAUGGCGGCGCCACACCUCCAUCUCAUCCUGUCCCUCGAAAUCUGUCCAGACAGAAUCAACGUGACACUCGUCGAUUCGCAGGACCGACUCGCCGUCAUCAACUCCACUACCAUACCCCUGCGAUGUGUAAACAUGCAAGAGCCUCGACGCGACGCGACAUACGACGCAGCGUAUGACCCGAGCCAGCCGCGCAAGGCCAUCUCUGGCUCUCAUGCGGCGCCAUUUGCCGUUCGAGACUACCUGGAAGCUCUCGACCAAGGCUUAGAAUGGCUGAGCAAGCCCUCAUCGACUGCCUUACCGGGUGGUCACGUGGAGGGAAGCCUCCCCCUAGCCUCUAGCAUAGUCGCUAUCUCCAUCGCUUCAGCUCCGGACCUGCGCGUCCUGACUUCCACUUCAGGAGGCUCUGUCCUACACAAUCUCUCUCCCGACAAGCCUCUACAUAUCCAGCUCGAUCACUCGGAUUUCUUGGCUCACCCUCUCCUACUGCACAACUUCGUCACUCCUCAGCUCGGCGACCUUGUGCACCUUGAGAACCGUCUCGCCGAGCGCGUCGGUCUGCACCUCAUCGAUUGUGGAAGCGAACGGAUCAGACGGGACCCUAACAUGCCCGUGGAGAGGCUCGUGUCAAGGGAGAGCUUUCGGAACACCCUAGCUCGACGAUUGGGAGGACCACUGACCAUUGACAGCCUGCCAGUCCAGCUCGCAGCUGCCUUGUCCUCAGCUAGAAGCGGUGCGACACAGACUGGCCGGAGCCAGCUGGAUGCUGCAGUGGCUCUCGCUCACACGGAGAGGAUUGCUGACUUGGGCACGCUCUUCGCCUGUGUCCUCACGGGUAAGAUCAUUGGACCUUCGGCCAUCGAAGCCAGCAUGACUGGUUUCCUCAAUGUCAACAGCCAGCAAUGGGACGAGGAGCUCAUCGCUGUUGUCGCCGAUUCCAGCAACACUCGUCAAGACGUCUUCUCUGCAGACGGCCUCAAAGCAGCUCUUGGUACAGCUCGACAAGGUACAGCUUCCAUUGGGCGAGCCUCGCCUUGGCUUACAAAGCGCUUUCACUUCGACCCAUCUUGCGUCGUGAUGUCUCCUAUACCAUCUCAUAUGGCUAGCUACCUCUCGCAUCUCCCUCAACAUGGAGAUGUUGGGCUCGAACUUGGCAACGACGACUACCUCAUCGUCCCGACCACUACGCCAGUCUUUAUCCCCGGAGCUAGAAUUGUCCCACAUCCACUUGCAAGCCAGUCAUCUUCAAAUGCACACCAUGUGUCAAGCUCAUUCCAGCCGUCUACUCGUACUCAUCUGGUGGUCACCAAGGCAACUGGAGCCGGACGUGCUCGCAAGACGAUCAGAGACGUCUACACCAACGCCAACUGGGAUGCAUACCAGAAGCUCAUGAGCGCAGUCUGUGCAGGCGGAUCCAUAGGCAUGGACAACAAGUUCUACUCUGUCUGCAAGAACUUUGAGACGAGACAAGACCUCAAUCGAUACGAAAUGGGCAUCCGCGUCGAAGAGUUCAGCGACCUCAGAGCCAAUGCUCGCUGUCUCAUCGAAGGUCAGGCUCUCUCCGUCCGUUCCAGCAUCGGUCGUAUCUGGACUGGCGACCGAGAGAGCUCCUCCUUCUUUGACGAUUUUGGAUAUUUUGCGUUGGAGCCCGUCCCCAGCAACGUAGACUUCGCCUGUGGCUAUCACGGCGUAGGAGGUGCUCUCAGAUUCGACCCUUACGAUGUCACCUUGUGCCCUGUAAGAGUGCUUGCUUGGGGCAAAGCAGCUCACAAUCGUGGUAUGGCGGAGUGCUAUGCAAAUAUCCUCGGAGGUACCUGGACUACGCACCGGGAGCAAGAGGCACAAGAGGAUCGUCGCCAUGGCAGAGCUGCACACACUAGCAGCAGAGUCUCUCAUUCGCGAGCUGCGCUUGGUGCUGCAUACCUUGCCUUCGCUGCCCUAGAGGCGCAGUCAGCCGAGCAGAAGAGCGACACGUUCGCCGGCUUCCAUAAUGUCUUGCUCGACAAGCUCAGCGGACGGGACACACUUGUGACUCCUCCCCCUUCCGACGCAAUGACAGACGCGCUCAGUCGCAAAGCCUCGCACCCCGUCGAUACGUCGGGCAAGAUGGCCAACGCUACACCAUCUUCGGUUUCGACCAACCCUUCCAAGCUACCAGUGGGUGGUCGCGCCAGAUCCAGCUCUUCCCCGAUUACUGCAUUUGGCGGCUCGUCGACUUCAAGUCGAGCAUCGACACUCUCUUCCGGCUCCUCCUCGCCCUUUGCAAUGGACACUGUCAGUCUGAUCCUCUCACCAUCUUCAAGCUCCUACUUCUCGUCACCUCUCAACACUGGACUGAGGUCAGCCAAUGCCUGGGCGGCCGCGGCAACGUCGCAUGACACUACUGGCAAGCAUCAGAUGGUAGCUGGUUCGCGACCACGCACCUCAUCGAAUCUGCCUGCGCCUCUCCAUCCAACCUUGCUGACUGUUCUCGAUGAGGGUGAGGAAGAUAUGACGACGCCGCGCAAUGUUCAGGACCUAUCAACACAACAGACGCCCACUGAUGUCCGUAAGACACUGGUUGUAGACGAGCUCGACCGUCCAAUCUCUGUGCUCGGUCGUAUGACAUCAGCACCCAACUUCAGCUCCUCCCUUGCCAUGACCAAUGCCUUCCAACCGGUAGGGACAGCUGCAGCUGGCCGAAGCCGUGCUUCCUCUAGCUCUGCAUCGUCGUGGGGCGAUGCUCCUCGUCGAGACGGUGGGGACGGUACUGGGACCGCUUUGACCGGUCCAAAGGUUCAAUGGUCGAGCUCUGUGGCCCCAAGCAGGAGCAACUCCUUCUCCUCUGCCUUCUCCCCGGACGCCAAACCCUUCGUCAGCGAGGCUACCGUCAGCGAAAUGGCUGGCUCGAACAGCGGGACGUCGAUGACCGGUCGACCAAGGUCAACGACGCUGCACACCAUUGGUACCACUAGUCGAUGGCCCUGGACGCAGAUCAACCCAGCUGCAAAUGCGACGAGUAUGCUCCGCUCUUCGUCGUCGAGCUUGUCGACGUCGGAUGUACGUCAGAGGUCCGGCUCCGGUUCGUCGUAUGUGGUCGCCCACGACUACGAGGCCGGUCAAUUGCGCGGCAUGGGAGGUGCUCCCAUUCAAGAAGGAAUCGAAGAAGAUCUAGCUCUGCGCAUGAUGAUGGGCAACAAUAAGGCAGAAGGCAACGCCCAGGAGCGUAGCAAGGGCAGUCGCGAGACGCCCACCGAGUCCAAGCAGGAGAAGGCCAUGCGAGCCUGGCUACAGGGCCAAUCUCUCUCCCCGCCAAUCCUAUCCGACACUGCUCACACUACAUCACAGAGCUCUGCACAGCAUAUACAGGAUGGUGCAGCUUACACGCAGCCAAUGCAGCUACACGGCCAGAUCCAGACAAACAAGCAUAGUACAGAGCUUGGCAGAGCUGCCUUGGGAGUCGCCUCCUCUGGACCUCUCGACGAUCUCUCCCUCGCCUACUUUGAUCCCUUGUGCAAGAACGACACCGAUCUCCCGGUGUCCUCUCAUUCGCAGACGCAGACGCAGACGCAACACCACGAGCAGGAGACGCAGCGUCGUCGUCGUCAUCACCUCUGGGCAACCCACCAGCGCGAGCUCGACGCUCAACGUCGCGAGUCUGAGAGACUCCUGGACCUCCAGCGUGGUCCCGUGGCGGAUCUGGACGUGUGGGCCGUUUACGGGGCUUUUCUUGAGGAGUAUAUCAGGCUGAGGGGAGAGUAGUGAGUGAGUGCGAAGGAAGGAAGAUGCUGGAGUGAGGGAUUGUAGACAGACAAGAGAGCAGAGAGCAGAGAGCAGAAGCUGCAGAGACGAC